AUGAGUGAAACACAAGGUUUACCAAAUAUUAGCGCGUUAAAGGAAUUUAAUGUACAUGUGGAUCGGUGGUCGACUUACGUCAGCAGGUUACGAACAUGGAUGUCUAUUCACGACAUCAAACCGGCUAAUUACUCAAAAUAUCUAGUUGCAGUCGUCGGUACGGAAGCGUUGGAUUUGAUUAUCGAUUUGUGUUAUCCGGAUAAACCGGAGUCGGUUCAGUUCGAGCAAAUCGUAAAGAUAGUGGAAGAACAUUUGUCACCAAAACGAUCGGUCAUCGCCGAACGAAUGAUAUUCAGAUCUUAUAAACAAAGUGCCAGUCAAUCGGUGGGUGAAUAUCAAAUAGAAUUAAAACGACUUAGUAGGGCGUGUAAAUUCUCUAGCAACGAGAUAUUGAAAGAAAAUUUACGGGACCAGUUCGUGUUCGGUUUGGCGUGCGAACGUAUACAACAGCGCCUGCUGAUGGAAGACGAGAUGACGCUCACGUUUAGCCGCGCCUGCGAGCUGGCGCUGUCACUGGAGGCGGCCGUUCGAGACUCAAAGCCCGGCGACGGAGCCGGCAUGCUCCGCAGCGCCGCGGAGCCCGUGCAUGCGGUGGAUAGAACGCGCGGCGGACGCGCCCCGCGCCGCGGGCGGCCGGCGCCGCCGGGCCGCGCGCAGCACGGCGGGCGCGCCGCCCAGCACCAGCAACAGCAGCGAUGCUACCGGUGUGGACGCACGCAUCACCCGGACGAGUGUUCUUUUCGUGACAGCGAUUGUUACGUUUGCGGUGACAGGGGUCACAUCGCGAAAAUGUGUCGUUACCGUAAAAAUAAGGCGCGAGUUCACCAUAUAAGUGAUAAUAACGCGGAGGACUCAGCGUCGGAAUCUAGCGGCUCGGACGAUCGUGCUAUUGACAUUUAUCAAUUAAGUGAUAGUGAAACGGAGAGUGACGAUCGUUGGGUUAUAAAUGCUAAAAUAAAUAAUAUACCGAUUACGAUGGAAGGUGAUACCGGUUCGGCCAUUAGUGUGAUUUCUAUAGCAACCUAUAAUAAGUACUUUAGAAAUUGUGAGUUAAAACCUUUAAGUACGAAGUUAAAAAUGUAUAGCGGCCAACUAGUGAAGCCAUCGGGUAAGUUACUCUGUUCAGUCGAAAUAAACGGAAAAAUUAUAAGAGACUUAUCGUUAACGGUGAUCGGAAAUGAUCACAGUUCAUCUCUUUUCGGUCGGGACUGGAUGAGGGCUUUUAACUUUCGGUUUCCAAGAAUUAACGAAUUAAAAGAAAUUCCGAUGAACGUACAGUCCACUGCCAACAUUAAGAGAGAACUGAUGAAGCGCUUUCCGAAUGUGUUCGCGGCAGGUAUAGGUACUUUCAAUAAAGCUCGCAUAUCCUUGGAAACGGUCACGUCAGCUCGGCCGGUUUGGCGGCGCGCGCGCCCUGUGCCGCACGCACUGCGCCCGCGCGUGGAUACCGAGCUGGCGCGGCUGCAGCGCGAGGGCAUCAUCACACCCGUCGACUGGAGCGAGUGGGGUACGCCGGUGGUGCCCGUACUUAAAAAGAACGGGGAGGUCCGCCUAUGUGGUGAUUUUAAAACCACUGUUAACCCGGUACUCGUUGAGGACAAAUACCCGAUACCGAGAAUCGAGGAUAUAUUUGCAUCUCUUCAAGGGGGAAAGUUGUUUAGUAAAAUAGACCUAAGUAGCGCAUACUUACAGUUUUUACUUGACGAGCCAUCGAGGAAAUUGUGCACGAUUGUCACUACUCAAGGUAUGUUCUGCUACAAUAGGCUACCAUUUGGAAUUAAAUGCGCGCCUAAUAAAUUCCAGCGUAUGAUGGAUAAACUGUUUCGAAUGCCUUUUGUUACUUGUUAUCUAGAUGAUCUGACAGUUAGCGGCGUCGAUAGUGAAGACCAAUGGAAGAGGCUACAAGCCGUGUUUAAAAUCUUAUCAGACAGUGGAUUGCGUGUUGCACCGGAAAAAUGUAGUUUUUUUCAAAAAACUAUAUCGUACCUGGGAUACGUCAUCGAUGCCGACGGAUUACAUACAGAAAUAUCAAAAGUAGAUGCGGUGAUAAAUACGCCAACACCGACGACACAAAAACAACUAAGAGCAUUCCUGGGACUCAUAAAUUAUUACGGGAAAUUUUUAUUUAAUUUAAGUGAUACUUUAGCGCCACUGUAUGACCUAUUAAAAAGAGAAAAAGAUUUUCAGUGGAAUGAACACUGUGAUAAGGCGUUCAGUAAUGUAAAGAAAGCAUUACAGAGCGCCCCUGUCCUGGCGCAUUACAACCCGACGCUAGCGACCACUGUGAGUUGCGACGCGUCCCCACGUGCGCUGGGCGCCGUGCUGGCGCAGCGCGGCGCCGACGGUCGCGAGCGCCCGGUGGUGCACGCCUCACGCACGCUUGCCGCCGCUGAGAGAAACUACGCGCAAAUAUGUCGUGAAGGAUUAGCAGUUAUUUUUGCAGUUACUAAAUUUCACGACUAUCUAUACGGUCGAGAGUUUACUUUAGUGACAGAUUGCAAGCCGCUGGCGGCGAUAUUUAACGAAAAUAAAGGUAUUCCGCUGAUGGCGGCGAGCCGCCUUCAGAGAUGGGCAGUAAUUUUAGGAGCAUAUAAUUAUAAAAUCAGGUGUAUUGCGUCGAAUCAUAAUUGUGUAGCGGACAGCUUGUCCCGUAUGCCCACAGUCGAACAGAGUGACCACAGUCGGGUUGAGUAUUACAUUAAUUUUGUUCAAAAUGCGUCACCGAUUAAUUACAGAGAAAUAGCAAAAGUUACUACUACAGAUAAUGAGUUACAAGAGGUAAUCAAAUCAAUAAAAACAAAUUGGCUAUACUGUAAUAGUGGGAAACUGCAAGCUUAUUUUAAAAUACGACAAUACCUUAGUAUAGAACAAGGGUGUUUAAUGUACGGCCACCGUGUGGUUGUACCGCGACAUUUAAGGAACGAUGUACUAAAACAGAUACACAACACGCAUCAAGGAAUAGUAAAGUGCAAGAACCUAGCGCGGAACUACGUAUAUUGGCCGGGCAUCGAUACGGAUAUCGAGCGUGUAUGCCGGGCCUGCGAAACGUGCGCGCGCGAGCGGCCCGCGCCGCCGGCGGCCGCGCUGCACCCCUGGCAGUGGCCGCAGGAGCCCUGGUAUCGGCUGCACGCUGAUUUCUUUUCGUUAGCCGGUAAUACAUUGUACUAUUUUGUGAUCAUUGAUGCUCAUUCCAAAUGGAUUGAAGCUUAUCGUGUGCCAAGCACAGCGGCUAAAACUACAAUCCAGAAACUAAAAAUUGUAUUCGGACAAUUUGGUUUGCCAUAUGAGUUGGUAUCCGACAAUGGUCCUCCUUUCAAUGGAAAUGAGUUCCAAUGUUUUUUGAAUAACUCCGGUAUACGACAUAUCACAGUAACUCCAUAUAAACCAAGUAGUAAUGGUGCGGCAGAAAACGCCGUAAAAAUAGUCAAAACCUGUUUGAAAAAAGCGAUACGUGACCACGUUGAAUUAGAAACCGCAUUAAGUGAUUUCUUAUUAAUGUAUCGUUCAACUCCUCAUAGCAUUACGGGCAAAAGUCCAGCUAGUUUGUUAUUGGGAAGAAAUGUGCGGACACCACUCGACCUGUUGCGUCCUUCAGCUAGUCACAUGAUAAUACGUAAACAACUCGCUCAAAUUGAAUAUAAAGCAGGGUACAAUCGAUAUUUUAAUAUUGGAGAGCGGGUUUUCUUUAAAAACUUUAAAAAUAAUACCGCUACUUGGGAAAGAGGUACAAUCACUGAUAGAAUUGGCCCACUGACUUAUAUUGUUGCCUAUGAUGGCAAACACUUGAAAAAACACGUAGAUCAAUUACGUCGGGAUGAUUGUGACUUGGAAGAUUUAUCUUCCAUUAAUACACCCUUGCAACUGGUUAGUACUGACGUACAAAUACCACAAGCUGAUAACAGGCAGAUGCCAAGUAACAGCGAAUCCACGUGUGUGCCGUCUGCAGAUACCUCGCCCUCUCCGUUAUCAGAACCACGUAGUCCCGUGUUAAUGGCUUCAUCCAGUCUAGGCAGAAACCCAAACCAUCCAGUUAAUGCUGAGAGUAAUAUGCCGCACAUUACUAAAAGAAUCCGGAAACCUGUUCAAAGAUACGGGUUUGACAUCGACUGA